CAAGAAGCGAACUGAAACGGAGGUGGCCGUUGCGUCGUUGGUGCUUGAAACAGAUCCAAAGCAUUUGUCGCCAAAACAAAACUCACUUCUUAAAAAAUUUUUCCUUUGUUUAAAAAAGAAGAAGAAAUUCGUUUGCCGAGAGAUGACGUGGAAUGCUGACGUGCGCAGGGCGGUGAUAUUCCCAUCCUUGUUCGUGAUAUUACUAUGGGCUUUGAGCAAUGCGCCGGUGGGUGACGCCGUAUGGUUGAAUCUUCCCCCCACCGGCACUAAGUGCGUCUCCGAUGAAAUCCAGAAUAACGUCGUCGUUUUGGUUGACUAUGUCGUCAUUUCCGAAGAUCAUGGUCACGUGACUCACGUCCCUACCAUUUCCGUCAAGGUGACGUCCCCGUAUGGGAACAAUCUUCAUCACAGGGAGAAUGUAACACAUGGUCAAUUUGCAUUCACAACUCAGGAGUCCGGCAAUUACUUAGCAUGUUUCUGGUUGGAGAGCCAUGGUCAUGGAGGUGGAGAAGUUAGUGUCAACAUUGAUUGGAAAACUGGGAUUGCAGCUAAAGACUGGGAAUCAGUUGCGAGAAAAGAAAAAAUUGAGGGUGUUGAGCUUGAGCUGAGGAAACUUGAAGGAGCAGUGGAGGCCAUUCAUGAGAAUUUACUCUAUCUGAAAAGCAGAGAAGCAGAAAUGAGGAGUGUGAGUGAGACUACAAAUGGCAGAGUCACGCGGUUUAGUAUCAUGUCUUUGGGUAUCUGCAUCACUGUUUCGGGUCUGCAAGUGUGGUACUUGAAGAGAUUCUUCCAAAAGAAGAAGCUUAUCUAAAUGUUGACCGGUAGA